AGAGAGUAGUGUAUUUUUCCUCCACUUAAAGAAGAACAGAGCAAUGGUGCUAUAUAAAACACUUAAGUGAAUUUUAUGUUUUAAAGAGUUAUUUGUUGAGAGUGAAAGGGCCUCAUAGGUGUAUGUAUAACUCAACCGUUUUUGGAUAUUAAAUUUCCAGGUUUGGGAUUUUGCUGGACUAAUUUUAGCCGCUACUUUUAGUUAAUUUUGAUACCAAUGUGCUGGGGAUGUCUAUUUUAUUUUGUAUUUUGUGUUUUUUGCAGCUUGAUAUACAUGAUGGCAAAGCAUCCGGUGAAGUGAACGAGGAACCGGAGAAUAAAACUCCAGUUCCCACGAGAAAGAGUGCUGCGAAAGUUUCUGAUAAAUCGAAGAAGAGGAAAAAACCAAAAAGUUCCUCAGAGUCGGAAGAGGAAGAGGAAGAGGAAGAGGAAGAAGAAGAGGAGGAAGAGAGCAGUGAUGAGGAGAGUGAUAAAAGUGAAGAGGCUAAUGGAGUGAGUGAUGGACCAUAGGAAACGGUCAGGUGGGAAGAGCUCUCGCAGAGGUCGAGGCAAGGGGGCUAAUAGCACAUCAAAAGACGGAAAAGGUGCAGGGCGUGCCCGGGUCGCCCUCCUUCGGCAAAUAAAAGCUCCCAACCUAACCAAAGAAAAACUGGAAAGAGGGGACGCCCUCGCAAGUCAAAACUUGCAUGCUCCCUCUCCAAAUCAGAAAUUUUAUUAUCUCUAUGUAGAGAUGAAAGUGUACCUUCAUUUACGUAGGCCGGUAUAUUUGCAUUAAUUUUUAUCUUCUUUUUUUUCAAAAUUUGUUUUCAAAAAUCUUUCUCACCUUAUUAUUAUGCUUGGUUGUUAAAACAACCUUACUGGACUAAUUCUUAUAAUUUGUGGUCAGGAAGAUGAGAAUUGUUCGAGUGCUGAUUGUACCAAAAUUCUUGUUUCAAGGAAAAUUUCUUGUUCAUAUAUUCA